AGCUUGGAAGAAGCUGAAAUAUAAUUUCAGAUUUCAGAAAAAAAAACCUGCAAAUCUGUUGUGCGAUUCAUUCAAAACCAUGAUUACAAGCCGACGAAAAAAAAACACAUUUUGAGUUUUUUUUUUAACAAAAAAAGAAUCAAUCUUUUUCUUACAUAGUUUAUAUAAUCACACACCCUUUUGGUUUUAAUUUCAAUUUCCAUGGCUAAUUCUUCUUCUUCCUCCUCAAAAUCCUCCAUUUCUCCUCGUCAUCCUCCUCUUUUCACUCCUAUUGAAGAAGGGAAUGAAGAAGAGGAGUUUUCACAAGGGAGAAGCAGCUUUAGAGCAGAAACAACACCAAGUGAAGCUGAAUACAGGCACCAUCCUACACCUUUACACUCUAAAACAGAGAAUAAAGGCAAAGUGUCUAACAAAAAGAGGCAAGAAAAUGAUGAAAAGGGAGUUUUGUGUAACAAGUGCAGGCCAAGCAAUAGGGAGAGAAUCACUGUGGUUCCAUUAGACAACAAGGGCAAUUCUGUAAAUAGCCCACAUGGUGGUAUAUUCAAAUCUGUUCUGUCUAAUCUGGUUAAAAAAAGUCCAAGAUUAUCAUCAUCAUCAGAAGUUGAGUCAUCUUCUGUUGGUGGAGUGUCAACAAGAGAGGAACAAUGGAAAAUUGCAUUGGCUGAGGUUUCACAUAAGCUAAUUCAAGCUACACGAAAAAGAGAUGAGGCUGUUUUAGAAGCAUCAAGAUUGAAGUUUUCUAUGGUUGAGCUUGAGAAAAAGCUAAACAAACUUGAAAUUUACUGUCACAACUUGAAAUCUGGUCUUGAUGUUUGUAGCAACAAUGUUAUGACCAACAAAUCCCCUUUAAAUUUGAUCCAAAGAGUGAAAUUUGGUGAAGAGGAUAAAGUGAUUGAGCAUUUCUUGGUUAUGGUCUCUGAGGCAAGAUCAUCUGUUAGGAUUUUAAGUCGAUCGAUGACUCUUCAGCUUAGACAAAUUGGUAGCAAAGUUUAUGACCGAAUUGCAUUACUACUUCAACCAUAUGAAAUCAAGAUUUCAAUUUCAAGAAACCCCAGAGGCUUACUUGUGUAUCUUGAAGCCUUGUUAAACAGAGCUUUUUAUGAGGAUUUUGAAUCUAUUGGAUACCAAAAGAGUUCUUGUAACCAAAUCUUGAACCCCAUUGAUCGUUGCGAAUCGAAUUUCAGUUUGUACAAUCGAUUAAAGGACUUAACAUGGGAGGAAGUAUUGAGCAAAGGGACAAGAUUUUACAGUGAAGAAUUCAGCAAGUUUUGUGAUAGGAAAAUGAGUGAAAUUGUUGCUAUGUUAGGAUGGAACCGUGCUUGGCCUGAACCACUAUUGCAAGCUUUUUUUGGUGCAUCAAAAGCAGUUUGGCUAGUGCACUUAUUGGCUAACUCACUGCACCCAACUUUGCCUAUUUUCAGAGUGGAUAAAGAGAUGAAAUUUGACUCAGUAUACAUGGAGGACAUGGGUGCAGACAGGGCCAAGAAGUUGGUCCCUAACAUGGUUAGGAUCAUGGUUACACCAGGGUUCUAUGUCUAUGACAAUGUGGUCAAGUGCAAGGUGCUUUGCAGGUAUAAUAAUAAUAUUGGAAUUUACAACAAUGAGGUUAAUGAUCUAAAAGGUUUAAUAACCCCAUCACCUACAUAACAAAAAUAGACAUAUGAUAGUAUCAUAUAUCAUGUGAAAAAUAUUUAGUUUAAUUUUGUUUUUGAUGUACUUAUUAGAUUUUGGAGGACUUUUUAAAGCAAAGUGAAAUAUUUGGCGUUU